CCCUUUGUCGAUUCUCUUCGUCCUCUGCAGCAGAGCAAAAGAACGUCGUACUGCUUUGUUUGUUGUAGUUGCUGCUGCUGUUGCUGCUGCUAUCCCUCCGUUACGUCUUUGUUUCUUUUCCCUUCCCCACAGACGCACACCGCAAAGUAAACCACUACCUCCUUCUCCUCGCCCUUCGCCCCCUCCUCCUCCUCCCUUCCUCCUUCCCCACCGCCCUCCUACCCCCUUCAACUCAUACUCUUCUCACCUCUCUCGACCAUCCUCCCGCCUCACUCUUCCUCAUCAACCUCAUUCCUUGUCAAACCUCAUUCUCGCUUUCGUCUCCCGAGUCUGAUUCCCAAGAAGAGGGAACAGGAAACUAAUAUCUCAUGACACCUGCACCUUCUUCCAGGAACAGGAGGUCUGCGACCCUUGGUAAUAUCCCACCACCCUCUGGACCACCACCUCCACCACCGCAGCUCGGCUAUUCCAACAGCGCCAACCACGGUUAUGGUUACGGCCACGGCCAGAACAGUCCCAAUCCCUCGCCACACUCCUCGUAUUCGUCGCAGUCAGGGCAGCUCAACGUCAACGCAGCAGGGCAACUAGUCUAUCCAGGAGGAGCAAUCUAUGAUCCCCCUCGGGCUUCGUUCUCUUCGUCAUCGCGCGCCAGUCCAGUGGGCCGCUCACGGUCGGGUCGGGACCGAGAACAGGAGCUCUGGUCGGACGGCAACUGGAGGAGUAUCUUUGAUGCUGCCCUGGUGAAGGCACAGCAAGCAGUCCAGUUGGACGAACUCCAGGAGACCACCCUCGCAGCGAAUCUGUAUGCUCAAGCAGCUAAUGACCUCGGACGCGUCAUUCCCAUGUGUUCCAGUGAAAAGAAGAAACAAUCGAUGCUUGCUAUUCAAGCAAUCUAUCUCGACAGAGUCUCACAGCUCAAAGAGUCUGCAUUGAAUAGGAAUGGUGGGAUCCCACCGACACCAUCAGCCUCGCACUCCCCAGCAACCAGUGAGAGCCAUGACGGCGGUUACGGUCAUCAUUACUCUGUUUCCAGCAACCGAGGUGCUGGCUAUGGCGAUGAAUCACAGCAAUAUCCAUAUCAGCCUCCAAUGUACAACCAGCCGCAGCAGCAACGCUAUCAGUACCAGCCCCCACCGCCACAUUCCCAGCUGCAGCAACCGUAUCAGUUCCGGCAGGCACAACAGCCGCAGAUCCAGCAGCCCGAGUUCCAGCAGCUAGAGUUCCAGCAGCCAGAGCUCCAGCAGCCCGAGCCCCAGAGCCAGCCAGAAAAGAGCUUUCGACUGUUCAGCAAGAAACGCUCCAAAACACAGCCCUCAGCUCCUCAGCCUCCUGAGCUCGGUCAGUUUCUUCAUGCUCAGGAUUAUUCUGGGAAUUACAACCCUACUGACAACAAUGGGCACCUUCCAUAUGACGGACGUGGCGUCGGGGGCAAUGAUGCAUAUUCCACGUCCUAUGUGGACCCACCAAGGACACCCAGUCCGACACCAGUAGUAUCGCCAAUAUUCAUGAGUCAUCCUCCUGUACAGAGUCAAGGUUCCGGAAAAAAACAGGAGAGUGAUUCGAAAAAGAAUCAAGAUGUGUCCAGCAAGUCGUCCAAGUGGAGGCCGUUUGGAAAAAAGAAAUCAAAGUCCUUUUCAAACAAUGAGACUUCGACAGCCUUCAAUCUACAGCAAGAGAGCGCGCAGAUCGUUCCGGUAUUGCCAUUGAACACUGAACAAGAGCAGAUGCAGCAGUCGAUGCAAUAUUUAGUGGAUUCUGUAAAUCAUGCGGAUGUUUACCCACAACGGAACCAGGCGGAUUGGUAUGUAGAGGACGGCCCUGAGGAUAGUUUCGACGAUGAGGACCAAGAUCAGUACUACGAUAACGAGGACGAGGAUAUCGAUCCUUUCUACAUCGCGGACACUAAGGGUCGCGCCCAAGCGUUCGAGGGCAUGGAUUCUGGAAAGGCGGGCCCGAAGUCAGCGAUAUCCCAAGAAGAACCGCAAUCUAUGUCUCGCAAGCCUUUGAACCACAGCGCCUCAUCAUAUUCUCAGGAGCAGAGUUUCACGCCGAAUUUCAAUUAUUCGCAGCCAGAUCCUCCUGGACUCUCAGCUCAGCACGAUUCCCAGGAUCAGGAUUCCAGCCCUCUUGCUAACGAGCAUGCUUAUAUCUCGAACUACACGGAUGAUAUGGAGGACGAGGAUGACUACCAUAAUGUUCCCGGUUCCUCUUUCCAACAGCAAUACCAAGCUGAGGACCCCUCAUCUCCGUUAGAGCAAUUUGUGGAUGCAGAGGAGAUGUUUGAAGAAGAAAUAUCUGCGAAGGAAACAGAAGAGGAGCCCAAGGUACGCCCUCCUGCAAGGACGUUCACCAGUGCCUUCAUUGAAUCUACGCAUGAAAUUGGGGCGGAUGAUAAGGACGAGCCCAAGCUGGAGAAGUCGAAAUCGAAGCGUACGUGGUUUGGCAAGAAGAAGAAGGACAAGGAAAAGGACACGGACAAGGAGAUGGAGAAAGAAAAGGACUCCGACCGACUCGGCAACGUCGCCAAGCUUAUGGACGAGGCUAUGUUUGGUGGCGGGAGCUUUCACAAACCCAGUAAGGACAAGCUAAAGGACAACAAUAACAUCGCCUCCUUGACUAAGGUCGAUCCUCAAACCUCAGAGCAGCAGCAUCAGCCGCCUCAAGCGCAACUUCGACCGCAACCUCCAGCUCAAGCGGAAGAGGAUUCAGAGAUGCCAGCAACUUCAGUAACUCCGAUUGCCCCCAAUGUUCAGGAUCCGUCUUCGGUUCAGGAUGCAUCGGCCGUGAAUACAUCUGAAACUACAGUCAACGAACAGCAGCAGUUGGCCAACGAUGCAUCUCCACAAUUCGACACUGAGCUCCCAGACUUGCAGACCGAAGACGUUGUGGCUGAAGCAGGUGCUUCGCCGACGAGUCAGGAUGCCAAGUCCAUUGUGUCUGACACUCAGAAGCGUAUCAAAUCACGGCACUUUAGCAUUUUCAAAAGCAAGAAGAACAAGGAUUCGAAGGAGACUGAACAGCCAGAGGAGGGCUCGACUUUGAUCCGAACCGUGACCAAUGACGACGACAAGUCCAUGCACAGUCAACAGACCCACCAGAGCUCUCAAAGCGCUGACAGGAAGCUAGCUGAUGUUAAGGCAGUCGAUCCCAAGACGGUUGAGCAAAAAAGCGCUGAUCGCAAGGCCGCUGAAAUGGCGGUUGCUCUGGCAGUGCGACCAAAGGAGAAGGAGAAGAAGAGGGACAGCGAUGAAUAUGUCCCAUACGAGUACCAGGAGGACGUGGAAGGGCCGCUGAUGGAGAGAGUCGAGGUCGAUGAAGACCGCGAGGUCAUCGGCUUCGUCCUGCCUGUGGAAGAAAUCAUGGACUACACUCUGGAAGGAAACGAGGAAGCGGCGCUCGAAAACUGGGACUCAUGGGUUAACCAGCUGGAGUCUUUUGAGAAGGUUCUCGCGGACAAGGGUCUCAAGAAGGAGAAGGUUAAGAAGGCCAAGAAAGUCAAAGAGCUGAAGCCUACCCAGGAGGACAAUCUUUAUCCACUGGGAUCGCUCAAGGCCAACCGCUCGAGCAUUUUUGGUAUCGGACGCUCCGACAACCUCAAGUCGCGCACCAGCACCACCUUAGAUCUGAACUCGACCCUUAGAGACAGUCGUCCAUUGAGCAUGAGCACUACUUUAUUGGAUGACGCUUCGAUUGCCCCUCGCCCUUCUUUCCAGUCCUCCAGAUCUGGAGAGUCCGAGGCGCCCUCGCAACUUGUCGCUACUCCGUCCACCAGAAAGCGCUGGUGGAAUCCCAAGCGCAAGGAGACACCAUCGAUUUAUCGCGCCUCCAACGCAUUUUCGUUUACUGAUCUCGAUCAAGAUCGGCAUUUAUCAACAUUGCUGCAGUCUCCUGGCCAAGUUCGGUCCAACGAAGACUUGACGUUGAGCACUCAACUGCUAUCGCUGCCCAUCACGCUCAGCGAGCCUUCAACGCCUGCUCCAGACACCAUCAAAGAGGCCUCGACAGCCAUGGAAACUGUGUCAAAACAGAUAGAAGCCAAUAAGGAGGAACCAGAGGAGGAGCUCAAGGAGAAACCUAAGGAAGAACCCAAAGAGAAAACCAACGAGAAAUCCAGGGAGGAGCCCAGGGAAGAACCCAAGGAGGAGGUGGAUGAAACACCGGUUGCGCCAAUGCCUAAGGUCAAGACCAAGAGCAGCAAGCCCAAGCUGCUUCCAAUUUCAACUCCCCUGCCUCAGCUGCUCAAGAUGGACAGCGCGGAGGAGCUAUGGUUGUAUGUUCAGCAGGCCAAGACGUACGCGACUAGUCGGAUGAACAAGGGGGACAAGCGAUCGGCAGCCAUUGCCUUGAAGCGAGCACAGGCCCUUGAGACUCGAUGGCAGGAG